UUCCUACAUCUAUCUCCCUGUUCAUUUGCUCGUCAUUGUCCCGAUACCCCUCAUCCUUUUCAGUUUGGUUAUAUCUCCGGUAUCGCAGCAUGCCCUCAGCUACAGGAACCAAGCGCAUUAGAGGCGUCUCAGUCUUCCGCCCCUUCGUCUUCGGCAGCGAAGCCCAACCCUUCGACCCAGCCAAAAAGCCCCCCCACGUACCCGCCGACCACACACACCAAUGGCGCGUCUUCGUGAAAGGCGUCAACGACGAAGACAUUUCCUACUGGCUGAAGAAAGUCCAAUUCAAGCUCCACGAGACCUACGCCCAGAACGUCCGCACGAUCGAACAACCACCCUUCGAAGUCACCGAGACCGGAUGGGGUGAAUUCGAGAUCCAGAUCAAGCUGUACUUUGUGCCGGAGUCGACGGAGAAACCGCAGACGCUGUGGCAUAGUUUGAAGCUCCAUCCGUAUGGGCCGGACGCGGAAGCGAAGAAGGAGAGGAGGGAGUUGGUGGUUAGUCAGAAUUAUGAGGAGGUGGUGUUUAAUGAGCCCGUGGAGCAGUUUUAUGAGCUGUUGACGGGGGGUGGGGCGGGGGGUGCUGGGGGGUCAGGAGGACAGAAGGGGAAGGGGGGCAAGAAUACGAAGCAGGCGCAGUUGCAGAGGGGGGUUAGGACGGCCGAGAUUCCGUUUAAUGAGACGCCGGAGAACCCGUAUAGUAAGGCGGCGGAGGGUAGUGAGAUGGAUCGGUUGGGGGAGGCGAAUAAGACAGUGGAGGGGAUGAUUAAGUUGGAGAGGGAACGGUUGAUUGAGCGGGAGAAGAAGUUGGCGGAGUUGCGCGCGAGUGAGGGUAUUCCGGCCUCUACGAAGAAGCGGUAAUGGUGUGUGAGGGGUGGAUUGGGUUAAUAUUUUGAGAGCCAUGGGCUUGAUACGCUUCGGUUGACGACUGGUCUAUAUCUUUUCUCAUGGAGGGAUGCGUUCAUGCUGCUUGCAUCGUGACGGAAAGAAGCCAGGGCUGUUCCUCGAAGUGCUCCCUUGAGAGGGUGGGACAAGGCUUAUCAGUGGCCUUUGGGAAUCGUGAGGGCUCAAGGCCCGGAAAUACUGGGCCCUCUCUGCAGCGAUACUUGCCGGUCUUGCGAGCAUAUCGAUAUGCAUUCUAGGAAGCCUACAGUGGCAUAUCCAGGUGGCUACUGCCAUGAUAAAGGUGGCAUACAUAGCCAGCGCUAUAAGUAGCUAGCAAAUAACACAAAACUUUCAUGU